CUAGGGACCAUAAUUGAACUUUUGUGUUUUUUUAUUCUUGGUUCAAAAGUAUGAAGAUUCCCUCGAAAUCGAUUGUAUAAACUUCCAACCCUAUUUAAGCAAGAACUCUAGUGGGAUUAUUAACGAAGUUUCAAAAAUGGAUGAAAAGGGGAAGUCAAGUGUGAGCCAAAGUCUCGCAAGUAGCAUAAGUAGGGGUAUCAGCAUGGCUUCCCCGGGUUGGCGGAUCGAAGAUGUGUUUUCCCCUGGUAGAGGUGGUAGUCAUGACGGACGGACAAGUCGUAAUUCCAAGGAAGACGAAGAGGCCUUGCGAUGGGCUGCGCUGGAGAAACUUCCUACUUACAGUCGAGUACGAACCACCAUCUUCAAGUCAUAUAGUCCGUUAGGUCAGCAGCAAAAGCAUUCUGAUAAUCAGAUGUUGUUGGAUGUAAGAGCGCUUGACUCAAAUGCUCGACAGAAAUUUAUAGACAAGAUUUUUAUGGACCCUGAAGAAGAUAACGACAAGUUCUUGAAGAAGUUCAGAGAUCGGGUUGACAAGGCUGGAAUCACACUUCCAACGGUUGAAGUUCGGUUUCAAAAUUUGUGUAUAGAAGCUGAUUGCCAUGUUGGAGAUAGAGCACUCCAAACGCUGAUAAAUUCUGCUAGAAAUAUUGUUGAAUCCUUUUUCUCUAUUGUCGGGAUCAAUUUUUCCCAAAAGGCUAAACUUCAUAUUCUUAAAGAUGCAUCCGGUGUUAUCAGGCCAUCAAGACUUCUGGUGGGUUCUUCAUCAGUCAAAAAAGAGGCAACUAAGAACCAGGUCCAUUCGUUAGCCCCGACGUUCCUCCCGAUUGCUCCCAGCAUCAUCGGGGAAGGAAGAAGCGGCGGUGACCGCGAACUCAUCGAUCCUUGCAGUCACAGGCGACGACAUCGUGCAAGAUUCAGCUCCAGGCUUCCAGCUUCGUCGGCAGUAGGGUCACAAAAGAAUGCUUAG